AAGCCGAGUCGGACCAAGCCUUAUCAUUCUCUAGGGUUUUUACUGUAAAAUUCCAUUCCCUUCUUUCUUUCUCCGCUAAGCUUUCUGUAAACCACAGUUCCAGCUUACAGCUCAUUCUAUCUCCGUUUCUCGAAGAAACUUUUUGAAGAAGUAUGGCGUCCCGUUUUUGGACUCAGGGCGAUAGUGAAACGGAGGACGAAGAGGAGAGUGAUUUCGAGCAGGAGGAUGAUGAAGGGCCGGCUGAGACUACCGCUGCAGCGGCUGGGUCAAGAUACCUUGCAGCUGGUGACAGCGACAGUGAUGAAUCAGAUGGACAGAAGCGAGUUGUCCGGUCAGCAAAGGAUAAGCGCUUUGAGGAAUUGUCUGCUACCGUUGAUCAGAUGAAGAAUGCUAUGAAGAUUAAUGACUGGGUCAGCUUGCAGGAGAGCUUUGAUAAGAUCAAUAAGCAGCUGGAGAAAGUCAUGCGCAUUACAGAAUCGGUUAAAGCACCAAAUCUCUAUAUCAAAGCUCUAGUGAUGCUGGAGGAUUUCUUGAGUCAGGCCUUGGCCAAUAAGGAGGCAAAGAAGAAGAUGAGUAGUAGUAAUGCUAAAGCCUUGAAUUCGAUGAAACAGAAACUGAAAAAGAAUAACAAGCAGUAUGAGGAGUUGAUUAACAAGUACAGGGAAAAUCCUCCCGAGAGUGAGGAUGAGGCUGAUGAUGAUGAAGAAUCAGAAGAGGAAGAAGAGGAUGAUGAAGAGGAGUUUGAGGAGGACCCAACAAAGAUUGCAGCUGCGUCUGAUGAGGAUGAUGACGAAGAUGAAAGUCGGGAUGAGACAGCCGAGAGCGGUACCGGGUGGGAGAAGAUGCUGAGCAAGAAAGAAAAACUCUUGGAUAAACAGUUCAAGGAUCCAAGUCAAAUCACGUGGGAGACAGUCAACAAGAAGUUCAAGGAAAUUGUUGCCGCUAGGGGUAGAAAGGGGACUGGAAAGAUUGAAUUGGUUGAACAGCUCACCUUCUUGACCAAGGUGGCCAAGACUCCAGCACAAAAGCUUGAAAUUCUGUUUAGUGUUGUGUCUGCCCAGUUUGACGUUAAUCCAAGUCUCAGUGGACACAUGCCUAUAAAUGUGUGGAAAAAGUGUGUGCAGAAUAUGCUUACCAUCCUCGAUGUUUUGACCCAAUACCCAAACAUUGUGGUUGAUGACAUGGUGGAGCCGGAUGAAAAUGAGACCCAGAAAGGAGCAGACCACUCGGGGACGAUAAGGAUCUGGGGAAACUUGGUUGCCUUUGUUGAAAGGAUAGAUGUAGAGUUUUUCAAGAGCUUGCAGGUAAUUGAUCCACAUACCCGUGAGUAUGUUGAGAGGCUGAGGGAUGAGCCGUUAUUUUUGGUUCUUGCUCAAAAUGUCCAACAUUAUUUAGAACGGGCAGGAGACUACAGGGGUGCUGCGAAAGUAGCUCUCAAACAGGUUGAAUUCGUUUAUUAUAAACCACAAGGAGUGUAUGAUGCUAUGAGGAAGUUGGCUGAGCUUACGGAAGGAGAAGGAGAGGCAGAGUCUGGAGAAGAAAACAAAGUGGUUGAGGAGAGUAGAGGUCCAACUGCAUUUGUUGCAACUCCAGAGCUUGUGGCCAGGAAACCUGCUUUUGAAGAAAAUAGCAGGACAUUGAUGGACAGUCUCGUUUCUCUCAUAUAUAAAUAUGGAGAUGAAAGAACCAAGGCUCGUGCAAUGCUCUGUGAUAUAUACCACCAUGCUAUCUUGGAUGAGUUUUCAACAUCCCGUGACUUGUUAUUGAUGAGUCACUUGCAAGAUAAUAUCCAGCACAUGGACAUUUCAACUCAGAUACUUUUCAACAGAGCCAUGGCUCAGCUCGGUCUCUGUGCAUUCAGGGCGGCACUUGUUGCAGAAGCACAUGGCUGCUUGGCCGAACUCUAUUCUGCCGGCAGGGUGAAGGAGUUACUCGCACAAGGUGUCUCCCAAAGUCGAUAUCAUGAGAAGACCCCAGAACAGGAGCGGAUGGAGAGGAGGCGUCAGAUGCCAUAUCAUAUGCAUAUAAAUCUUGAGCUUCUUGAGGCCGUCCAUCUGACAUGUGCAAUGCUUCUUGAAGUGCCAAACAUGGCAGCUAAUAGCCAUGACAUGAAGCGCAGGGUUAUUAGCAAGACAUUCCGGAGAUUGCUUGAAGUGAGUGAGAGGCAAACUUUCNUCUAUCUCUUCAAUCUUCGACAUCCUUUCAUUAAAUUCAUCCAUAGUGUAUGA